CCAAUUUGUGUGAAAUAACAUCUAAAUAACAAUUUCUGCUGUAAAACAACCCAGUGUGAAAUAAGAGUGUAAAUACACUUCCUGAGGAUUCAGUAACACUAGACUUUGCAUUAGCCCAUGCAGGUGCUUUACAUGUGCUAUUUAUACGCAUAAGUACAUAAGGCUGGUAUACAAUAGAGGGCAAUGUACUAAAAAGGUGACACUGACCGUUACUUGUACUGUGACCAAAAAAUGUAUUAGGAAGUACUGUCAUUUUAAAGGACGUGAAACUAAAAAACUAAAAGGUCGCUGUAAUGUAAUGAUUACUUCACCUUCACUCUGACAUUUUUGGCUUGCUUUCUGAGCAAUGCUCUCUUAUUUGGAAUAGUUCUCUGUUUAAAAAAAUGUGACUAUAUCGUUUAAGCUGGGUCAUUUCUGUCGCUGCUGAAUAACAAAAAGCGAAUUAAUUAGUUGCGUAAUGCCCCUUUAAGUCAUCUGUAAGUGUUUCUACAGAGUAGAUCCUCUAGUUUUGUUGUUGAACUCACAUUUUUAAACUUGCAUGUCUCUUUUGUUUACUUAAGUGUUAGGGUAUGUUUUAACUUUAUUAAUAAGCACUUGUUUCAGAUUGUAAUUAAAAACCUUAGUGGCCUCACGAUGUUUGCACAAACAUAAUGUAUUUACUUAUAAUCAAAAUUCAAAACAUACACAUCAAACCUAUGAUUUAAAGAGCCUUUACACUGUAGAAUAUCUUGUAGAGUGACGGCAGCAGCACUUGUUCAGUGUUGUACUGUGGUUUCUGUCAGCAUGCAGACAAAGUGCCAAUUUGUUUGCCAAGACACUGACAUAUGUAGUUUUUUCACCCUAACAACAGUCUCUGAGUUUCAGGUUUCUGUUGAAGAAUGACCUAUUAAUGAACCAUCACCUCUAACCAUAGAGUGCAACAAAGAAAACACGCUGACACCAUCACAUUUUAAAGCACAGCCAGCUUCAGACUUAAGAGUGCCUGAGAAAUUAUUUCACCACUCAAGCUUGGAGUGGGGAGCAACAGCAGCAUGGCAAAACUGCCUCCACUGUGUAUGCUUCUUUUGUUUGCAGGCCAAGUUCCAGCCCUGACAGCGACCCCAGUGGGACUGAGGGUUAGACAGUACCCUCCCUCUCUCAGUGUGAUGCGGGGUGAAACGGCAACCCUGUCCUGUCAUUUCAAAGUUGAAUCCCUCAAGUAUGGGGUUCAGUGGUUCAAAAUGAAGUCGGAAAAGCAGCUCAUCUCAAAGUCAUCCAGGCAGAUCGUUGUGGAGAAGGAUCAAACCUCCUCCCUGGUGAUCACUGAGGUAGCACUGGAGGAUUCUGGGUGGUAUUACUGCGAGGUGAACGUACUACAGAAAGACCCAGAGUGGGGCAACGGCACCGAGCUGGUCGUCUUGGCACCACCUUCUGCUCCCAGAAUUUACCUCCAGAUUCCCCCGGACCCACAGACUGGUCAGUGGGCUCUUCUCUGUAUCACCGGGGGAUUCCACCCCAGCGAGCUGACCCUCACCUGGACCUACCAGAGCACAACAGCCGAUAUCGAUCACCUGUCAGUCACCAAUUGCACCCUUUCUGCAAUCAACCCUCACGGUAACCUGUCUACACAACCAGAUGACAAAGCCCUGCUGUCCUCAGACUGGUUGAUGAACUCCACACCUCUGAACCAGCCAAAGUGUUUCCAGGUGAUAGACAACCACAGCAAGGAAGUGUACCUCUUCAGUGUGUUUUUUCUCCCACCGAAACAGUCUCUGGACACAGGAAUCACCUUCACAUGUUGGGUGCAGGACCACCCUGCCAUGAGCAUGGCUCUGACCGCCUCCUUCACUUGGGAUGCCUCCCCUAACGAGCUGAUUGUACACUUGAAUAUUCUCAAGAUGUGUUUCCUCUCUGCAGUGAUAGUCGUGUUUUUAUUGAAAGCAGGUGUUAUGGAUCUACAGUGUUUCCUGUGCUGGAGAGUUACCCUGCUGCUUCUCUUGAUGCCAUGUGGGCUCCAGUGUAUGUCAGUGCACAUCCUCAACGAGGAGCCUGUGUACGUAAUCCCCGGCUCCAAGCUGGUUCUCAACGCUCGGAUCGAGGUGGGACCCCUGGAGUCCGUCUUCAAUGUAACCUGGGAACGGGAGUCUGAAACUGGAGUUGAUCCCAAGAGAGUGACACUGGCCACGUGCCCUAAUGGAAGCCUCAAGUGUGACAAUACAAGGCCCAAUGUCCAAAUGAAUGUGAAGCAGCACGAGACGACACUUCAGAUUAAUGGAUACAGCAACGCGGACAGGGGCGUGUAUGCUGUGACUGUGAUGGAUCACAAAGGGGCCAAGACCACUGCACACUGCAUCGUCAGGAUGUAUGAGGCGGUGCACCACGUCUCAGUCAGCAUCAACGUGUCCCACUCCUCUUUGGUUUGUGGCGAGGCCUGGGGGACUGACCCCAACUUCAGUUGGCUCUACGAGAGAGUCGCCAUCACCAAGACUGUAGGAACAGUCUCCAACGAUGGAACAACAUUGUUUGUGACAAAGACUCCAAUCUGUGGCCACUUCACCUGCAUGGUGAGCAACAAGCUGGGCUACAGUACUGCCACCUACACAGCAGCACCUUGUGAGACAGAGGGCAGAGGGACAACAGCUGCUGUAGUGUGUCUCGUCCUCCUGCUGCUGUUUGGAGGAGUGCUGGCAUUUCUGCUGUGGAGGAGACACAGGCACAAUAACAGAGGAGAGAGGCUGCACGAACAUUUGGAUGACACCAUUUAAAAACUGGCCUAAGAAACACUUUGUUACUCAGAGGUCUCAGAGAGGAGAACAGGAAAUGGACUGGAACUUCCUGUCCUGUGAGCAGUAUGACCUUACACAGCUUUGGAACAAUGUGAAAAGUGAACUGCUUGCUGGCAAAUGAAAAAUAUCUAAAUAUGGAUAUACAGCUUGAAGUGCCAGCAAUGUCUUUACACUGCCUCCUGCUGGGGUUCACCUGACACUGUAUUUAAUAAAGUAAUCAUUUUGUAUCUACUGCAUAUUGUAUUGAAAUUGACUGUAUUGCGUUCAUAAUAAAAGCCCUUCACAGAAUGUGACUAAA